UUGGGUUCUGGUGUUUUAAGGGGUAUUAUACAAGACAUAUACAAACAUUGUAUAACAUAGCAAUAACCAACAUAAUUAAUCAUUUAAACGGUUCAUCUUGCUUUACUGAACAAAAAGGGUUAAAUAAGAGUUUUGUAAUGUUGAAAAUAAAAAAGUAAAAACAAAACUUCUUUCAAAAUUGGAUUAAUGAUGGAGAUGGUAUCUUCUGAAUUGUGAAAGUGAAAGUAGUGAUAUAUUAGGGCCAACUCGGACGAGCGAUGGACAACCAGACAUCAGGAUGUCCACUCAUUCUGUCCGAGCCCAGUGGUCAUUCAGGGGUGGAGCCGGUGCUAGAGAGGUACGAGUCCGCCUUGUUGAUGAUCCUAGGGUUUGGCGGCUUCUCAAUAAUUCUGGCGCUCAUCCACAACGCCGUCCGUAAGCACAUCUUCCACGACGAGCACAACCUCGACACGACGUUCGACGCCGGCGGAAAUGUCUCCCUCAGUCUAACGGCCGUAACCGUCGCGUCACAGCUCAUAUGGCCAGGCGACAUCCUGCACAGCGCUACACUUACCGCAAAGAACGGCAUAGCUGGACCAUUUUGGUACGCGGUCGGGAUCAUAUUCAACAUCUUCAUAUUUCCCGUGUUUUCCGUCCAGUUUAAAACGCGGGCUCCCGGGGCCAAAACAUACCUUCAAGUGAUCCAUGCAAGGUUCGGUCGGAACGCUCACAUCGUGUUCUGCUGUUUCGCCCUCGUGACCAACCUCGUGAUCACAAUCGGGAUCCUCCUGGCGGGGCGUGCUACAAUCCAGUCACUCACGCGGGACGCCUCGGAUGAAUUCACUCUCCUCACCAUGGCGGUGCUCUUCGGAUCCUACUCGCUGAUUGGUGGACUCGGAACUACUUUUUACGUGUCGUAUUUCAACGCGUGUCUCGUGUUUGUCCUGUUAAUCGUGUUCGUUGUCAAGAUUUGGCACAAUACAGAUGAGGAGUACUCGGCAAUUGGAAACGUUGAGCGGAUGUACACGGCCAUAUCGUGCAUUAAGGGACCGGAAGAGAACUACGACAACAGCUACCUCACCUUCCGGUCUGGCGUUGCCUUCCUCUUCGGCGUCAUAGAGGUGUUCGUGUCGUCAGCGGUGACGUACUGUGACCAGGCAUCCUGGCAGUCUCGGAUCGCCGCCAAACCGAUCCAGGGCGUAUACGGCUUCUUGUUGGGUGGCCUCAUGUGGUUCGCCAUCCCCUCCACCAUGGCCACAACCACUGGUCUCGCGUACCUCGCCCUUAGUGCGGAGAACAAGACCAACCUUCUCACGCGUGGACAGAUUGACGAAGGCCUGGUGACGCCGCUGAUCGCUGAGACCGUGCUGGGGUCGGCGGGAGGCAUCCUGGUGUUGACAAUGGGCGCCAUGGCCCUCAUGUCAACCGGAAGUGGAGAAGUGAUGGCCAUGUCAUCCAUCAUUGUCUAUGACAUCUACCAAACGUACAUCCGGCCCUUUAGGCGGGGUUUGACUGAGCUUGACUGUGUUCUAUGCGGAAAGAAGAAGAAAGACAUUAUACGCAAGAAGCAGACGAACCAGUCACGAAACAGGUGUGAGUGCCCGGAUGUCUCGUGCUGUCAGCCGUGCAUAGACGACAUGAAAGCGAGACACGGCAAGGGACAUAACGGCACCAAACCUCCAUAUACCUGCAAGACCCACGGUCAAUACCGAGAAUACCAGGACAGUCUGAUCGGGUUUAAGGACUGGUGUAUCGUCAUGGUAACCAUCUCCAUUAUACCCCUGGGUCUCGUGGUCUUCGAGACCGGGAUCGACCUAAACUGGAUCUUCUACAGCGGCGCCAUCGUCACCAUCCCCUGUUUCCCACCAGUCAUCCUCUCCAUCAUCUGGGUCAAAGCCACAGGGAAGGGGCUUAUGUCAGGUGGGGCCGCGGGCCUUGUGUGCGGGGUGACGGCUACCCUGGUCACCGCCUCCUUCUACGAAGGCGGACUCAGCAACUUCCUGUUGAACACGGUCCAGAACUACGCCAUUUUGGCCGGCACGUGCUCCAGUUUCGGAGCUAGUCUUCUCUGUUGCAUAGUUGUUUCGCUUUUUACGCAUGACAUCAAAACGGUCGACGACGAGAAUUUCGAGUGGCAAAAAAUGUAUGACAUAGAAAACCCUCUGAAUCCAUGGGAGUUAAAUUAUCGCGAGGAGUUAAAGGGUUUGGAAUACGAAGGAAAGCCUACAUUCGAACAGAUGGCGGAAACAUUUAGGAAAGCUAAACUAACCGCUUACAUCGGUGGCGCUAUAUGCAUAGUGGCGUUCGCGGUGGUUAUCCCCGGCAUCAUGGCGAUGUUCCCUAAGAUGGAUCUUACCCAGUUUUCUUUCUGGAUUUGGGGUACCCAGAUUUUCGCCGUCAUCAUGGCGGUGAUCGUGAUCGUAGCGCCGAUGGCCGAGGAGAUUCACAAGAUCAUGAAGGAGUACCGGAAGUCGGCGCAUAAAAUGAACGUAGGGUAUGGACAGAUGAAUGUCAUCAAUGCUGAGCACGCUGACCAAGAGGAUGGUAAAACACCCGUUACGAAUGUUUAAUAGUAUAUACACUUUGUCAACUAGGGUGCAAUGGCAACCCCGUUUUCACGUGACAUAUAUAAUCAAUAAUGAAGUGAUAACACUAGCGGGUCCGCGCCCUCUCUCAUAUCCUGUGCCCGCCCCUGGAUAAGACUAUUUAAGAAACGCAAUGCCAUAUGCCGUUUUAUGAAGUGUUAUUUCAGAUCAUAAUAAUAAUAAUAAUAAUAAUAAUAAUAAUAAUAAUAAUAAUAAUAAUAAUAAUAAAUGCAGACAUUUAAUUAUUAACUAUCAUCACAGCAAAGCGGUGUAUGUAUGACAAAAACUAUUAAUAAUCAUUUCUCAUUCAAUUUUUAUUACACUACAAACUCAUAUACAUUGUUUAUGUACAAGCAAUAUCUAACACCCAGAAUGAUGACGUAUUUUGGUACAUUAUUUAGUCAUUUUAAUUAGUUGUUUGUAUAAACGUUUUAUAUAAUAUUGUCAUUGUACUUUACACAAAAGUGGCCAUGUUGUAACAUAAUACGUUUGUAGUGUACGUGUAGGUCUACCUCAGACGUCAACUGUGACUUCAUUGUUAAUUAUUUGUUAAUUAUUUAGUGUACAGAUAUACUGCUUGUGUUUACGUUGUAAAUAAUGUUGUUUAAUUAAUACGAGUUGUAGUAGUAAAAGUUGAGAGCCCGUAGAAGGUCCCACGUUACUUUUAAUCAAUCAAGUCGCACAAAAUGCCAAAUUCGACCCCAAAAGGGGAUUUAUUGGAAUACACUUGUCCUUGUACGACCGAGGUUUGGUUCAAUCAAACGAUUCAACUCAGAAAUUUAAAACCUGUCGCAUGUGGCUUAUAGGCGACUUUAAAGUAAUUGCCCGAGUUCCAUCCCCGCCCGCCACCUCUUUUCCGCCGCCUCUUAAAUUUAUUGCCUCGCAUAAAAAAAUGAACUAGGAUCUGUAUUUGCGAAUCUAUCUGGUACUGUUCUGGAACGGUGUUCAUUCAUACCUACGGUGUCUAUGCAAAAAAGGAGAAUUGUAAUAAUGGUGUUCAUGGUUCGUCUAGAAAUAUAAGUAUAUGGUCCCAAAUGCAUUAAGAUUUAAGAAAGAGCAUAACUCAUACUCAACGGUGAAACAGUCAUUUACAUCUAAGAAAAAUAAAAUUCAAAAAUAAAAUUGGAUGAAAAUCUAGCAAUUAAUUUAUAUUGGCCUUACGGUAUAAUUAAGAAUGACGUUCGACAUGUAUUAUGAUUUUUUUUUUCAUUUUAGAAACAGACCCAAUUGCCUUUUGUAAGCAAGAUGGGUAACACUACUAAUAAAAUCUGAGCGCCGAUAAAUGUUUGCCAAAAAAACUUUGAAAUUUCAUACACAAACCAGCUGUUUUUAUAUACAUGUGUUAUAUAUAUAAGUAUAUAGCUUAUAGGUUAAACCAUUAAACAGUCAUGUUGGGUACAAUGUACUAGUAUGUGCAGCUGAAUGUGGGUGUCAUCUCAGUUCGCGAAGUGCACUUUAAACUCGGAGUUCUAUUUGGUGUAGUCGGUAUUACAUCAUGCUGCAUUAUGUAAAACAUUUCAGUCAAUGCAUACAUAUUUGUAGCAUCUAUUUUGUAUUUAAUGAAAAGUCGUUAUGCACCAGUCAGUUGUAACCACGGCCACCAGGUCCGGGGACUUUGACUUUCGGUUCAGCAAAGCCCGGCUAAAAUCCCCACCCUGCGGGGACUGGUGGUAAUAUCCCCUGCAAAUGCGAUCGCACCCCAGAGACCCUAGGUAAAGCUCAUUCCCCGCUAUUUUUGGCGCGAAGACAAAACCAUCGCAUUCAACCCGGCUUUGCGGGGCCACCAGGUAGGUAAAAAGACGGCACAUUUCCCCGGCUAUCCCCUGUAUACCCCUAGACCUGGGGGCCGUGGUUACAAUUGACUGCUGCAUAAGAUCACGACUCGAUCAGUGCUUGCAAUGGUGUUUUA